UAAUAAUCUCGUGAGCGAGAAAAACUCCAAUAAUUUUUAGGCAGACAACACCUAGAUUUAAACCACCGCCUGUCUCAGUUUGGGAGAAUCGUCAAUCUAGUCAAAACCUCGUCAACGGUGUGAAAGACUGACAAAUAGACGGCGGUGUUGCAAAACCACAGAGAUUGACCCAACAACAGCAAACAAACAAGGAAAUGUGGACGGAAGACGACAGUAGAGUUAACCAUUGAAUGUGAAAUAAUUUGGAAGAUUUGCCGGAUCUUCAUCAAACACACACACAGUAAACCAGAUUAAAGUGGAGUGUCUGGUGUUGGCUGACUGAUUGUCAUAGAUAGGCCUACUGGUUGUUGUGAUCAAGGGCACACAUGGCCCAUACAGUGCAGGGCCACCAGAGAGCACUGCCCCAGGCUGCAGUUCUGUCUCUCCCUCCCUCCAGCCAUGCUAGAUUGACAGUGUUGGACACCCUGCUAUGUGGAGCGUCCGCAGGUGCUGUGGCCAAAACAUUCAUAGCCCCCCUGGACAGAACCAAGAUCAUCUUCCAAGUAUCCUCACAAAAAUUCUCUGCUAAGGAAGCUUUCAGACUCAUAUAUUGUACGUACAUGAAAGAUGGCUUCCUCAGCCUGUGGAGGGGCAACUCUGCCACCAUGGUGCGGGUCAUCCCCUACGCUGCCAUCCAGUUCUGCUCCCAUGACCAGUACAAGGGAAUACUGGGGAGAUACUACGGCUUCCAGGGAAAAGCCCUGCCUCCUUUUCCACGUUUCCUGGCAGGAUCAUUGGCUGGCACCACAGCGGUCAUGCUCACCUAUCCCCUGGACAUGGUGCGGGCCAGGAUGGCGGUGACGCCCAGGCAAAUGUACAGCAACAUCAUGCACGUUUUUGUGCGCAUCAUGCAGGAGGAGGGCAUAAAGACCCUAUACAGAGGCUUCUGCCCGACCAUCUUGGGAGUGAUCCCGUACUCAGGAAUCACCUUCUUCACAUACGAGACCCUCAAGAAACUGCAUGCAAGAACUAGGCGGUCCCAGCCGUACUCUUACGAGCGUUUGGCGUUCGGUGCGUGCGCCGGCCUGAUCGGCCAGUCGGCCUCUUACCCUCUGGACAUGGUUCGCCGACGCAUGCAGACGGCCGGGGUGACGGGCCAACAGUACGGCAGCGUCCUGGGCACCAUGAAGACGAUCAUGGUGCAGGAAGGGGGGGUGCGUGGACUCUACAAGGGCCUCAGUAUGAACUGGAUCAAAGGGCCAAUCGCUGUGGGGGUCAGCUUCACCACCUUUGACCUUAUGCACAACCUCCUGCACAAGAUGCACCAGCUGGGAUACUUCACAUACUGAGCCAGCAGGGGGAGCCAGAGGAGAAGCUCACUGUUGGGACCAGUCAUUCGCUCACAGGGACUAGCACGGGCGCAACUUUCACUGGGGAUAGGGGUACAUACCCCCCCCCCCCCCCAUUUUGAAAUGGCAUGUUUGUCCCCCCGAGUUUUAUCAUUGGAUUGUGAUACAAAAUGAGGCAACGGUGUGCUUUAGGACCAUGUGGACGCCUCCGAGCGGUCGGGUAGGCUGUUUGGAGUGUUUUUCUGACUGGAUUCUUUUUUAAGUACAAAAAAUAUGCCCCCCGCACUUCUAAAACCAAAGUUGUGCCCCUGGGGACUAGAGUGGCAAUAAUAUACCAGAUCUGUCUACUCACAAUAUGGAUCCUCUCAGUAGGCCUAGGCACUCUACAUGUCAAAUAGGAAUUCUAAGGAGAGGGUGGUACUGGACAGACAGGAGGAGUCAGAAGCUGUCAGUUUAUUUAAACGCACAUCCGUAUUAAGCACGCACAGCCAGACCCCCACUCCUGCUGUUGAUGGAUGGAGUGUCUGCGCUAGGGCCAAAAUAAGUGUCCUCCAACUGGGUAGAUGUGUGCAGAUGUUUGCAGUAUGAGAGGUAUGACAAUGUGAAAGAUGUUUUGUUUCGAGGCCUGAUCUUUGUUUGAGAUUGGGGUAUUAUGUUGGCAAGGGCACAUUUUAAAGGCCCAACGCAGCUGUUUUUAUAUCAAUAUAAAAUCAAAUCAUAUCAAAUCAUUUGGGUAACAAUUGAGUACCUUAAUGUAAUAUAUUUUCUAUCAUAAUGGCCAAAUAUUUGUAACGGCUUUCCUCCUCCUCUUCAUCCGAAGAGGAGGAGCAGGGAUUCGACCAAAACGCAGCGUUGUGAAAUGACAUGAUUUUUAAUUAACAAAACAGAAAACACGAACGAACACUUGAAUAGUUACAAAACAAUAAACAACAUAGACAGACCUGAACGACGAACUCACAUGAAACACGAAGAACGCAUGAACAGGAAAACUGCCUACAUAAAACGAACAAACAAACAAAACCGAAACAGUCCCAUGUGGCGUAACAUAACACAGACACAGGAGACAACCACCCACAACGAACACUGUGAAACAACCUACCUAAAUAUGACUCUCAAUUAGAGGAACGCCAAACACCUGCCUCUAAUUGAGAGCCAUACCAGGCAACCCUAAACCAACAUAGAAACAGACAACAUAGAAUGCCCACCCAAACUCAGGUCCUGACCAACUAACACAUACAACAAACUAACAGAAAUAGGUCAGGAACGUGACAAUAUGGCUUUUUAGCAAAAAAAUAUUUCUCAAGAAGAAGUUUGCUAGGACUGUCUGUUAGUGUUCUGAGUGGGGAGGGGAAAACUGAAAACUAACUGUUAUUGGCAGAGAGGUUUGGAACUGUCGUUGUUAAUAUUGGUCUAUUAACAAAUUUACUGCAUGUUGAGUUGAGCAUGGAAAGCCAAAACCCCCGCCCAUGCAAACCUGCUGAUUAGAAUUUCCUCUGUAGAUUAUGGCUGGUUGGUAAACAUUCAGAAAAUAACACUGAUCACAUUUUCACACUUCUAUAGUGUUAGUUUCAUCAGCUGUUGUACAAUAAAACACAGGAAAAACAGAACUGUACUUGAAAUAAAAUAUAUUUUUUCGUAA